AUGAAUACUGACGCAGAUCCUUAUAAACACUAUCUACAACAAGAAGAGUUUCUCAGCGAAGGCAACAAUCAUGCUGAGUGUGUACAGCCAUCCGUUUCAUCUGAAAACGAAACGACGACGCCUUUUCCUGAAUUAUGCGAUUCAGGUACAGCCAAUAUUGAUUCACAACAAGCCGUUGAGAAUGCUAUUGAUAAAAACGUGGUAGUGUCAUCUGGAGCAGCCCAACCUUUACCACCAAUUGAAACUUCACCUGUGAAUAAUUCUGGCAAUGAACUAUUAUCGGAAUCAGGAAAAAAAGUCGAACAAACCAGUAAGCAAACUGCAAGAUCUCAACAUAAACGCAAACAAGGUAUGAUUUUAAUGAACAUUAUUUAUAGGAGUCAAGCACUAAGUAUCGAUCUCUAUUCAGAUGUCGGAGGAUGUUAUCAAAGUUAA